AUGAACCUAUUAUUUUUGACGAACGUUUUGCUUAGCUGCCUGAUUCUGGUUGCUGCGCAAGAUGGACAACAACCGAUCGUAACUAUUCCCGAAUUGGGAACCGUUCGCGGCUCAACAUCCUACAGUGCUUGGACCAACCGAACGAUUUACGAAUUUCAAGCGAUUCCGUUUGCCAAAUCGCCCACUGGUGAUUUGAGAUUUCAACCACCAGUCAAAGCGACCAGCUGGGAGGGAACACUGGAUGCAUCUAAGCCGGGUGUCAUGUGCCCUCAGAUUUGGGAAGGAAAUGUCAUCGCAGUUGACGAAGAUUGUCUCACCCUAUCAGUGUUUUCUAAUAGUCUAACCGCAUCCCGACCGGUUAUGGUGUUUAUUCACGGAGGCGUAUUCUACGUUGGAAGUGCAAUGACUUACCGUCCUGACUAUUUAUUAGAAGCAGAUGUAGUGCUGGUAGUGAUUCAAUACCGACUGGGUCCACUGGGAUUUUUGUCCACUCUAAGUGAUAAAAUUCCUGGCAACGCUGGAAUUCUAGAUAUGAUCGCAGCAUUGGAGUGGGUUCAGAAAAAUAUUGAAGCGUUUGGUGGAAACAGUAGCGCUGUGACAAUAUUCGGCGAAUCGGCUGGAGGUGCAGCAGUUUCCGCUUUGGUGCAUACUCCACUCACCCGAGAAAGAUCCGUGCCGUUGUUCCGUCGGGCAAUCAUACAAUCGGGUUCAGUGUUUUCACCAUGGGCAAUAUGCGACACUCCGGUCGAAUCAGCCCACGAUAUUGCUGGACGUUUAGGAUGUGUCAACGACUUGGAACAGUGUCUGUUACAAGCACCAAUCGACGGCCUUCUACGAGCAUUCGAAUCACACCGCACGGACAUGGUUAUUAAUCAAGGACUACCCAACGUUGCCGGAGCAACAAUGGUUGUAGGUGGUCCCUCGGGGCUUUUUCCCGAGCAUCCAAAGCACUACACCUCUCAAGUUUACCCCGAAAUAACCGUGAUGGGAGGAGUCACCUCCCAGGAUGGUUUGAUUUCGCUGAACGAAAUCGGUGAACUUCACCCGGAGUCACUGAAGUCGCUAAAUAGUUCUCACGAUUUGCUUUCAUUCAUACGAUUGAUACAUGAAACGUUUGGUCAAACGAAACUUGAUGGAGCCCUCGAAGGUUACGCGAUCGCGGAGCAUUUUCUAACGAGCGAAAUAGAUCAAGUUCAGUGGAAGGAUGUUGUUCUAGGUUUAACCGAUAUCUGUGGUAAUCACGCUUUCAAAGGGCCAGUUCUAGCGGACCUUCAGGCAUUGUCGUCCGUCAAUUCGGAUAGAGUUUAUCUGUAUAGUUUUGAUUAUGCAGUAGACAAUUCAACAAAUUUAGCGCUGACAAUAGAGUUUCCCUACGAAGGGUCAGUCCACCAUGCAGCCGAUGUGCAUUACCUAUUUCCUUGGUCGACCUUGAACGAGCGUGGUGUAAGGAUUGCCAAAACCAUGGUCCAACUGUGGACCUCGUUCGCCAGAACGGGAGUUCCCAUGGCUGAAGAGGUUUCCACCUGGUCCACAUUUAAGAAUCUUUAUGGUCCUUAUUUGUCAAUCAACGAAGUCAUGGAGGAAAAGAAAAACUUCUACAACGAAUUUUCGGCAACUACUCUAAGAUUCCGGACCAGUUCAGCUAGUAGCAACGGCUCGAAAUUGUUGGUAGUCAUUGUCAGUGUUUUGAUGUUUAUUUUCCGUACAGUGAAUUAA